AUGGCUCCCCCAACUGCCACUGAGACCCUUGCUGAUACCGUCAGCAUGCAAGCACCGCAGUCAACACACCCAGAUACCGACAAGAUAACAGAAAAGUUGAAACUUCCUGGCCUGCCCGUAUUUGGUGAUAAAUAUGAGGAGCGAAAGUAUCUCAAAGGUCGUCUAGCAGCAGCAUUCAGAAUCUUUGGUGACAAGGGAUAUGACGAAGGUGUCGCCGGGCAUAUCACUGUCCGGGAUCCAGUUGACCCGACAACUUUCUGGGUUAAUCCGUUUGGCACAGCAUUCAAGCUGAUGAAGGCCUCGGACUUGAUCCAGGUAGACCACGCCGGCAAAGUCAUUGACGGAGGACCGAAUCGGUUGCUAAACACCGCAGCCUUCAUGAUCCACUCCGCCAUUCAUGCAGCUCGACCUGAGGUCAACUGCGCUGCACACAGCCAUAGUAUCUACGGGCGGGCCUUUUGUUCGCUUGGCCGACCGCUCGACAUCAUAUCGCAGGAUUCCUGUGCCUUCCACAAUGACUUGGCACUUUACGACUCAUUCAAGGGUAUCGUGCUGGCCGAGGAAGAAGGUCGGAACAUUGCCAAAGCCCUGGGCAAUAAGAAGGCGGCUCUUCUUCAGAACCACGGGCUCUUGACUGUUGGUGGUACAAUUGAAGAGACGGUAUUCUGGUUUGUGAGCUUGGAAAAAUGCUGCUAUGCUCAGUUAAUGGCAGACGCCGCUGCUACCGGACGUGGAGGUCAGACGGUGAAAAUUGACGAAGAGGAUGCCGCUUUCACCUACAAAGCAGUGGGAAGCGCGAAGGCGGGGUGGUUUAGCGCAAAGCCCCUGUUUGAUGUUAUCCAUGCGGAGACCAAGGGUGAGUAUCUGAAUUAA